UAAAUAUUUAUUGGGGCUGAUGAGUUGGGCGAAUAACGAACUCAUGACCUCAGUAGCCUAUUUACAACACUGGACCCGGUCCUGGUCCUAGUGGGGACCUCAUCGUCUGCCGCCGUGAUUAUCGCUGUAUGACUGGGACAGAGCUCUUGUGAAACCGCGCAGCAGCUCUCGGUCCUCCCUCCCUCCCUCUCUCUCUCUCUCUCCCUCCCUCCCUCCCUCUCUCCUCGUCUGCUCCGCCUCAUCCUUCCCUCACCGGGAAACACUGUGGGCAGGACUGAACCGAGAGAGAGAGAGAGAGAGGGAUCUCCACGACGCUCCACCGGUGCACCACGGGGUGCUCAUUCAAACUGACCAGCGCGUCUCUCUCACACCUUUCUCUCUGAACAUUCAACACUGAGCAGUCUCACCGCCGCUGACCGUCGGAGCCGGUGCAGAGGAGCUGUAAAGAAGAAGAAGAGGAAGGAGGAGGUGAUGUCCUCACCUCAGCUCUCUGAGACUAUGAGCUCUGUGACGUUUUGAGUCCGUCACAACGCCUCGCAGCAGCACCUCCUCAGGCCAUCACCGUCCACUCGCUGUCAUAAAGCAAGAACAACAGUAAGCUGAACUUCCCACCUCGACACCUUGCUCUCCUCCACCUGCUCUGCUCUGGUCCCUGUGCCAUGGCCUUUACCCUGUCAGAGAUUAUGGCAGCAAGGCGGCAGCAGUCGCAGGCUCAGUCACACGCCCAGCGGGGCAGCAGGACGACGGUGGAGGUCGACGAGUACAGCACCAACCCCACUCAGGCCUUUACCUUCUACAACAUCAACCAGGGACGCUUCCAGCCGCCACACGUCCACAUGGUGGACCCGAUGCCCCACGACACACCCAAGCCACCGGGCUACACCCGCUUCGUAUGCAUCUCAGACACCCACUCCCGCACAGACACCAUACAGAUGCCAUAUGGGGACGUGUUCAUCCACGCUGGAGACUUCACCGAGCUGGGACUGCCCUCCGAGGUCAAGAAGUUUAACGACUGGCUAGGUACCCUGCCCUAUGACAUCAAGAUAGUAAUUGCAGGGAACCACGAGCUGACCUUUGACCAAGAGUUUAUGGCUGACCUAAUCAAGCAGGACUUCUACUACUUCCCCUCUGCCUCCAAGCUGAAGCCGGAGAACUACGAGAACGUCCAGUCGUUGCUCACCAACUGCAUCUACCUGCAGGACUCUGAGGUCACCGUGCGUGGCUUCAGGAUCUACGGCUCCCCCUGGCAGCCCUGGUAUUAUGGUUGGGGUUUCAACCUACCGCGGGGUCAGGCUCUUCUGGACAAGUGGAACCAGGUCCCUGACAACACAGACAUCCUGGUCACACACUGCCCCCCACUGGGUUUCCUGGACUGGGUCCCAAAGAAAAUGCAGCGUGUCGGGUGCAUGGAGCUCCUCAACACAGUCCAGAGGAGAGUGCAGCCCAAAUUACAUGUAUUUGGACACAUUCAUGAAGGUUACGGUAUGAUGACAGAUGGCACCACAACGUUCAUCAAUGCCUCAGCCUGCACUGUCAACUUCCUGCCCAUGAACCCACCCAUUGUCUUUGACCUUCCCAACCCCAGGACCACAUGACUAGAGGAGGCUGGCAGCCUGACGCUUACCGCCAAUCAGGAGAAAGGAGGAGCUAGAGGAAGUAGGUGAGGUCAGCAGGCAGAAGGGAAGUGUGUAAAUAUUAGGCAGGUAUGUUUUUAACGUGACAUGAACGAGGACUGGAGGACUGCAGGACUGCAGGACUGGAGGACUGGAGGCUCACUCAAGUUCAUUCAUUCAUUCAUUUUCUACCGCUUAUCCUCUAGUAGGGUCGCGGGGGGGCUGGAGCGUAUCCCAGCAUCUUUUCGGGCGAGAGGCGGGGUACACCCUAGACAGGUCGCCAGUCCAUCGCAGGGCAAACACAUAGAGACAGACAACCAUUCACACUCACAGCCACACCUAUGGUCAAUUUAGAGUAUCCAAUUAGCCUAGUCCCCAUUUGCAUGUCUUUGGACUGUGGGAGGAAGCCGGAGUACCCGGAGAGAACCCACACAGGCACAGGGAGAACAUGCAAACUCCACACAGAAAGAUCCCACGGCCGAGCCGGGACUCGAACCCGGAACCUUCUUGCAGUGAGGCGACAGCACUCAAGUUAUUAAUGUUAUUUAAUGUGCCAUUGUUUCUUCAUCAGUAACUGAAAUUAAAAGCAGACGAAUGAGCAGUACGUGGACAAAUGGCCAUGUCUCUGUGUUCUCCUUGACUGCACUGACAACCCCACACCUGUCCACAGGAGAGUGUCAGUCCGACUCAGCACUGGAACAUUUGCCAGAGGGAUUUUCACUGGAGUUUCCUCCCUUCCUACUUUUAAACAUUAAUAUCCCAUCUCUCUCCUCAUUUCUUCCCCUCUCUUUCGAUUGCCCAAUCCCUCCCUUAUCUUACUCCUGUUUCUCUCCCAUCCUCAGGCCCACAGCAUGCUGGAGUGUGUGUGUGUUUUUUUUUUUUUUUUGCCAGCAUGUGUGUGUAUGUGAGAUCAAAGCAAGCGUGUGAGGGCAGCGAGAGGUCUCUGCCACAGGCUGUGUGAGAAUCGGGGUGUCAAACAUGUUGACAUCACUCCCCUGGGCCUCAUUACAGCCCUCAGUAAGCCUCUUAACCGGCCGAGGAGAGGACGCAGAGGAAGCCACUCGCUGCACUUCCAGCCUUUUUUCCCUCCUCUCCCUCUUCCUUCCAUGUAGCUCCCCGUUUGCCUUUUCAACUCUUCCUCAUUUUUUCCCUCCUCUCCAUCCUUCACGCUGUGAACAACUAGCUCAGCUUUUUAGUCUUGACUGGGAGGUUGGGCUUUUUGGACUUGGAAAGGGUAGCAGGUAACAUGCAAUGUGAAGGUGCUACAUGCUAAUGCUACACCUGAACAGUGGCAGUGGUUUCAUGGACACACCUCCGUGUUGUUCAUGGCUGACAUGCAACUUUUUAUCCUUUGUCCAGAGGAGCGAAGCUGUACCUAAAUGUCUAUGUAAAUGUUCUUGUCAAUGUAAAAAAAAAAAAAAAAAAAGUUUUCUUAAACAUUUACAAGUCGUUGCUAUGCUUUUCAAAAACCUGUGAAGUAUUUGUGUCUGGAAACGUGUGGUUAUUACAUUUCAUUUGGUCUAUUUCUUAGUAAUGUAAAUUCUCAUUAUGGUAUUUUCUUCUGUGUGAAGCUGCUCAGGCCCAUUUGGUGAUUAUUAACUCUUUCAUGUCCCUAAGCAAAGAAGAGCUUUUCAUUUAUUUUCCUUUGCUCUAUUUUCCGAAUAAGGCUGUUUCCAGUCAGAGUCUGAGCGUGCUUAGCAUAGCACGUCACACUUUGAUCUCCCCGCUCUCCGUGAUUAUGUAUGAAUGUUCCCCAGAGCUGCAGUUUACUCCCGCUUUACUCGCACUUCUUCUGCACAUCAGCCUUCAUUGUGCCAACUGACGUCUUAAUGUUUGCAAAUGGGCUAAAGAGGACAGAGAAGUUGGUGGGAGGUGUGAGCACAACAAGCAAGUUGAUGACUGAGUGUAUGUAUGUGUUAUGCUAUUCUCAUCCAGACCCUGGUUGAGGUUAAGGUUAUAAUUAGGAUGAUGUUCAGGGUUAGGUCUGUACAGAGAGAUACUGGAGUCUGAGGAAACACGAGCAGAAACAGAAACUAAAUUCACCAGUUAGACAACACACACGUCUGGUGUUUAAUUUAUAUAUCAGCAGGUCCUGGAACAUUUGUCUUUCAUCAACACCACAGGCGCCUGGGCAAUGGAGCAAAUGCACCACCAUUAUUCACUUAGGGGGAGCAACUUUUUGUCUUUAUAGAAAUAAACCUAUCAUCAGACAGUCCCUGCAACCAGCUGGUUAUAUCUGAGCAGCCUAUUUCGAGCAUUUUACUAUUUAGAGCAACUUACAAAACAAGUAAAACAAAUGUUGGACCAUUCUUUGAGUUGGUUCAGUCCAACCUGUUUCCCACAGCAUUGGCUGUUAAUCAAGUGUGUCAGGAGUUUGUUUACAGACUUGAGGAACAUUUAGCUUCUCUGCAAUCACUGAAAAGAGAACAUCGGAAAAGACAGGCUAGCUUAUUGUGAAUGAAGCUGCUUGGCACCACUGACUAAAGCCAAACUUUAAAUUAGCUGAACUGCCAAACCAAUCUGUGAGUCAGCAUAGUUUUAAGCAAUGUCCCAUUGGUUAAUAUCUUAAUUUAAUUGCCAACAUGCAGUCAUUUUAGUAAAUAUGUGUCCAAGCUCUUGUGACAGAAUCCAUAAGUAAAAUAUGACACCUGCUACCAAACUGUUUGUAGAUCUUUACUGCACCAAGCUUAUCAGAAGUUUUAUAUUUUUUAUAAUUUAUUGAUAUUUCAUCUAGUUUUCAAGAACUAACAUUAACUGAUUCAUCCAAAUAUCAUAAUUCAGUUUGAGUUUGGGAACAGGUCUACUGAGAUGUUUUGAGUCCAACUCAAAGGGGGCACCACAAAUACCAAAAAUGUUAACACCAGCAGAGAGAAUUUCACCAAUGAAAAUGCUAUUGGCACAAGUAUCAACCUAAAAUCUGAAGUGUCAUAUUGAUUAACCAACAACUCCUCCAACCUGAACAACCAACCCUCUGAUACGACCCAUAGGAGUGUCUCCUGAAAGAGCCCUGCUACUGCGGCAAGCAUACCAGACCUCAGUUGUCAUGGUUACAAUAAUAAACACAAGGACUGUACCAACAGUGGUCAGGUUACUAUAAUUACGGUCAUGGCUUGGUUAGGUUUAGGAAGAUUGUUGUACUUGCUGAACAUUAGACAAUUCUCUUUGCUCCUGUCAUUAUAACUACAACCACUACAUGUCACCUAGCAAUAAAACGUAUCUAUGGGUCACAAUAACCUGCUGCACAGAUGACGCAUGGGCUAAUUAUUUAUAGGAUAGGCUCAGAUUAAUGCAAGUGGGUGGGGCCUAUCACAUAUUUACUCAAGAUGCCUUUCAUCAAUCCUGAUUAAACUGACCAAACAUCCUGUGUUGUCUCUUGAACAUACACAUCGAGUUUCAUUCACAUCUGAUGAAGGUGGAACAUUAUUGAAUUGCUGCAGACUCUGUGAUGAUGAAACAAGUGUGUGAUUGGUCUCAUUUAAACCAGCUGAUGUCACUUCGCUCUGAUUGGUCAAACCUGAAACCUUGGGGUUUCAGGUAGAACACAGAAAAAUACAAAGGACCUGAAACAGUUCACAAAGGUUUUUAUUCAGUUGAUCAGUGUCACUCAAAAGUGAAAGUAUUCAACUACUAGGUGUGUGUAUACAGCAUGAAUAAAUAAAAGCUGUUGGCUAAUGAAACUGUGAUGAAGGUUAAAAACAGUCAUGUCAUACGAACUGUCUGUUAAACAGAAAUGUACUGUUAACUGGGUUCUUUAAUUGCUGUGAAGUUACCAUAACAUUUCCUCAGAUGUUUCACAUUAAAAGCGUACGUCUUGAUUAUUAAAAAAGAAAAAAGGUCCUACUUUAUGAACUGGUUUUGGAAGUAAUGGUGAUGGUUCUUUGUUGAAUGCUGGAUUAUUGCGAUCUUCCUUAAAGAACCUGAACUUCAGGAGAUUUUAGAUCAGAUCAGGGUUAGAGGUGAUAGUUUGAAUCUAGCCAGUGGAAGGUCAGUACAAGCACAAUAAAGGGUGUAUGAGUCUGAGUGAAUGUAUUUAAUAAAAAAUAGAAAAAGAAGAGAGUACAAAGACAGGGAGUGUUCAGCCUCAUCAUUUAAAACACCAACUUAAUUAAAGUCCAUGAAGAGGAAUGUUCCAUGAAAGGAAUAAAGGGAACUAUUAAAAAGCAGAAGAUAGGAGGAAGUGUGAUGAAAAGCUGUGUGUUUGCUCUGACUCUACACUUCCACUCCUCAUUUAAAUGUCUCUCACUUUGAUGCUCUUCUGCUUCAGUAGCUGUGUUCUGUGUUUCCUGUUUUUUUUCCAAGAGAAGAAAAUAGUACUGUAAAAUUUCUUGAUUUAUUUUGUGAGGCAUGCUUAAAAGAGUUAAUGACUUCUGCUACUCAGACAAUCUGCAUAUGAAGAGUUUUAUUCCAAAAUGAGAUACCCGCCUUUUGAAAAGAGGGGCUUACACGGACAGGAUGAUUGACAGCUAAACUUGAAAGCAGAUUGCAGUGGUACUUUUUAAAGGACUGUGAGUAACUUGUGUCCUCUGUGACAUUUUUUACUUGCUGGAUCUUUCAUAUUUAAACAAUACUGGGUAGUUUUGAACCUCAGAUCUUUUUUUAAUUGGAUGUAUAGCAUUUUGGAAUGAAGGUGUUCAUAUGGUGUUGUAUUUUGCCAUAGCUGUUGGGGACUUUUCUCUUUUUUUAAACUGUAAAAUAGACCCAACAGCUGCAGAAUUUUACUGUGUUGCUCCUGGAGACAACUCUAAAAUGUAAAGUACCUUUCUUUCUUAAAACCAUAAAGAUUCUGACAGAUUAUUCACUGAUUGAAUAAAACCUUAUCUGUGA